AUGCUGUCCUUAGCACUGUUCUACAUUUUAGCUGUUAUUUGCUCUGCCAGACGGACGCAUGCUCUACCACUGUAUCCAGACGCAAGCUUGGAACCUCAAGAAGAGCUGAUCCAGAAGUUGGUGGCGGAGGUGGAGGAUGGAGAGAACGCUGAGCUGACUGACCAGAGAGAGGUGAAGAAUCUCUACCCUCUCCUGAUGCAGCGCAAUGCUAAAGAUUCUGUGCAGCAGGAUACAUUUGUCAACAUGGUUGACGAUCUGAAGGCGGUGGUCUUGAAGCUCGCUGCAGCCGACAAGCUUCGCUCUCAGGGCUUCCUUCGGUCUGAGCAGAAUUUGCCGAAAACCAACAAGAGAGCAUGCUUCUGGAAAUACUGUGUGACAAACUAG